UGGUUUCAUUAGACGUGCCUGUGUCGGCUCGUUCAGCUGAGCGCCUCCCUCGAUACCAGCGCCCACGAGCACACAAAGACUCACAUGGCCGCCACCGCCCGGCGCUGCGCCAAGCUGGUGCGCUUCUACGAGACGUACGCCUGGCUGGUGGAGGCCGCGGUCGCCGUGGCGCUAGUCUUCCGCAAGCCCACCUGGCAGGACCACCUGGCGGCCUGGAUGGAGCCGCUGAUCGGCACGCACCAGAAGUUCACAGCGAACGUUUUGCGCUGGGGCUUCCUGUCGUUCCAGCUGUUCGUGGGGCUCUGCGCCGUGCUGUCUGACUACACGCUGGUCGUCCUCAUCCUGGUCAUCUACUUGUCCCUGGCGGACAUGUACGAGGGCAUAGGCGAAGCCCUCCAGACGAGGCCCUGCGACACGCUGCUGGCGCGGCAGCAGAGCGUCCUCACGCAGGCCGCCAUCAGCGUGGACGCGGCCGUGGCCCCCCUGCUCCCGCAGGUCCUCAUCGUGAGCGUCGUGGUCCCGCUGCUCUGCACCGUGGAGGUGGUGCUGAACGGCGUGGAGGCGGACCUGUUCGCCGUCGGGAUGGCGCCGCUGGUGCUGUUCGUGUUCGUGCCGUUCUGUCUGGUGGGCGACGGCAUGGCCUACGCCCGCGUGCGCUUCGCCGACCUGGCCGGCGCCGGCCCCUGGCUGGAGGAGACGGUGCAGCGCAGGAAGAUGCGCCUCAGCAUGGUGCAGCUGUCCCGGGGACACGGCGGCGACCUCCGGGGGUGGGGCAUCGGGACGCUCGACAGGAAGACCUGCGGGAGCGCGCUCAAGUCGUGGUUCAGUUUCCUGCAGGUCCUCAUGAGCCUGCAGUAGCAGCGGUUGGGGUUGUAGCCAGUGCGCCUGUAAACCCCCUACAUGCCGGCAAGUCCCAUUCCAUUGAUUUCUGAGUGCUCUGCAACGCCCUUUUCCCGAGGGGGCCUCAACUCUGUUGUAGGAUGUACACCAGAUUGCCAAGAUUGCCAGAUUACUAGACUAAUAUUUAGCUUUAAGGGCAUAAAUCGCCUGUAACUAGGCAAAACGCACUAAUGUCACCCUGAAUGUAGGCAAAAAGCAUGGGUUUCGCAGCCGAUUACCUAGAGAUUG